AUGCAAUCGGAUAGUAGUGGCGAUCCGCGAAUACACAUAUUUCUCCAAUAUGGUAACAAUAAGGAGAUGGUGAUUCUGGAGAGGAACGACGAGCCUCAGGUGAAUUCACAAGGCGUCCCUGUGCACGGCACAUCUCCUGAUGGAGGCGCUGAAAUUCAGGUGUUCGAGUCAUUACGUCGACGAGCUCGAGCUCUAGUCGAACGGACAAGCCCUGGUGAGAGUGAGCUGCAUCUGUUUCGGCAUGACUACGAUUCACCAAGUGUUCUACAACACAUCGCUUCUGUUUCGCAGUUGGUGAAAAACUACAUGACAUUGACAUUCUGUGAUUUUUGCGGAGCAAUGCUAACUGGUCUGAUGCGUCAAGGACUACAUUGCUUGGCGUGCAAAUGCAAUUUUCACCGUCGUUGCACCGAAGCUCCACGAAACAACUGCGUCGUAGCUACUCCCGGUUUAUCAACGAUGAGUCCCGUUCCCAUGGGUCCAGGUGGUAUUGGAAUGGGCAUGCCGUCGCCAGUGCCAUCAAGUGCUGCACUGGAACUACCACAUACCCUGGCCGAAAAUAACUAUUUAACACCGACCAAGUGUAAGAUUUGUGACAAAAUGCUCAAGGGACUCAUUCGGCAAGGUCUCAAAUGCAGAGAUUGCGGGGUGAAUGUCCAUAAUAAAUGUGCUUAUCAACUGCCGUCCAACUGUACGCUCUCUGAUCAUGCAAUCAGUCGCAUGAGCAUUACCGAGCCGCCACCAGCUCCUCAAAAAGAGAACCUCGUCAACAUGGAUGACGAGCCAAGUAGCAGCGAGAACAUACCGUUGUUCCGAUUACCUGGUCAAGUGACGUCAAGAACCACUACACAGCCGAAAGUCGAAGGGUGGAUGAUUCACUUUUUGCUAUCGGAUCCUGAACGAAGACUCAAACACUACUGGAUUCUUGCCAAUGAUGCUAUCAAUAUGUACAACGAAUACAACGAAGGCAAGCGUAUCCGAUUUUCCCCGCUCCACAGAGGUGUGAAUCCGAACAAAUGUUACAUGGUGCUUCCUUUAGCCGAGAUUCUGGCUAUUACUCCUUACAACGGACCUUCCGUUCAUUCCAAGUAUCCGCCCCAUUGUUUCGAAAUCCGUACAAUAUCAAAUGUUGUCUACUGUGCUGGAGAGAACCUGCACGCCUACUCCAAUGGUCCACCGAAGAAAAUCCCUCGAAGUCUCAGCAUUCGGCCUCCAUCGAAUACACAACUUUGGUUCCAGGCGCUCAAAGAAGCCUUGCAGCCUCCAGUAAGUCGAAGUGAUGCACCGAACGCUGAACGUGCACUGGAAUUCGCUGAAUUAUAUCAGGUAAUCUCGAAGGAACGCUUUUCAAAAAAGAGCAAUGGAGUCGAGUCGAUGCGAGCAGAGGUGGCGAUUCUGCAACGCGUUUGUCAUAGUGGAAUUGUUCGAUUAGAGUUUAUGUGCGAGACAAAAGACAAAAUCUUCGUGGUUAUGGAGAAAAUGAACGGCGAUAUGCUUGAAAUGAUCCUCAGCCAGGCCGCAGGCCGCCUCGAUGAGCGAGCGACUCGAUUCCUACUUGUGCAGAUCCUCUCUGCCCUUAAAUACCUCCACAAUCAGGGAAUCGCUCAUUGCGACCUCAAACCAGAGAACGUUCUUCUGUCCGAGACGAACACGAAUUUCCCCCAGACGAAAAUAUGCGAUUUCGGUUAUGCCAGAUUCAUUCCGGAGUCGCAGUUUCGUAAGACGAUCGUCGGUACACCUGCCUAUCUACCGCCUGAAGUUCUGCUUAGGCAAGGUUACAACAAAUCUUUGGAUAUGUGGUCGGUGGGCGUUAUCAUUUAUGUUACACUUUCUGGAACAUUCCCGUUCAAUGAAGGAGAGGAGAUAGCUGAUCAGAUUCAAAACGCCGCAUUCAUGUUCCCAGCUGAACCAUGGGCAGAGGUCUCACCUGCCGCCAUAGACUUGAUUCAACGACUACUACGGGUAAAGAUCGAGGAGCGUCUCACCAUUGAGCAAUGCUUGGCUCAUGAAUGGCUGAAAGGAGAGCAACUGUAUCGUGACCUACGAAGUUUGGAAUUACGACUGAAAUGUCCACGGCGAAACUGGGAAGUGCAGCAGUCAAAACUGGGAGGAGAGACUCCGCCUUUCUUCAGCUCGCAAAUGCAGAAGUUCUGA